GCAAUAUGGCGGUAACACGCCGUGGUUAUAUUUUUUGUACGUUCAUAUCUAGUUUAGUGUGCAUUAUUUUAGUGGUUGUUGCGAUCGCUAGUGACAGUUGGAUAGUAUCGAGCGCGUGGUUGGAGGGCCAAGUAGACUACAGCAACAUCCGCUAUGGCCUGUUCCGAGGAGAACUGGCGCUACGACAUCUCGGCACACCAUCUUAUAACACCCUGUAUAUGACCUGUCUCUCUGAUGUCAGCGCGUGUGCUGUAAGCUGCAAAACCGAACCACAGGCCAGAGAAGAUGAGGUUCGAGCUCUAGCGGAGGGCUUGAGACCGAAUCAAGCCUGCGUUUCCGUGACUACAAUAGAUACAGAGAAUCCUUUGUCGGGUCCAGCGGUGAUAUCGUUCGGGAUGUACGCGGCGGUCACCGCGGUGUUGUUCCUACAACUCGCACUGGCGACGGUAGCGGCCGCGCUGGCUAUACUCAACGCAACUAAAAACCCCACUGAACCAGUCUUCGGGUUACCUGGAUGUCUGUGGACUAAUGUGGCGACAGCCAUCUUGGGGCUAACAGUACUGAUGGUGUUCGGCAUCUACUGGGCAACGUCUGGACUCAACGAGCACUUGGCUCUCUCCUACAUAGCUGCUGAAGUAUUCGCUCCUGAUCCAAGUCUAGGAUAUUCAUACUGGUUGUUACUGCCGGCUGUUGUCUGUUCGCUUACUAACGUAGGCCUGAUCGAGCUUCGAAGAUAUUUAUUGGAAAAGGACCCUCCACCGCCUACUAUUAAAGUCGAAAAU